ACUUAUACCGAAACACUUACUACUCUGGCUGACCGGGCCACACUUCGAAAGGAAGCACCAGAAAAGACUGGAAGGGGACAGACGCCCCUUUCCAGCAACCUCAACCUCUCACUCUCACUCUCACUCCUCCCCUCUCCAGGGACGGGGUGGGGAGAAGCUGGAAACGAUCGACCCCGCGUCACCGCCCUGCUCUCGGGCACGGCUUGGCCGCAUUGGUCAGCCUACCAGCUACCCUCGCCUCCAUUGGGUGCUGCCCCUGCGAAAUCAGCCAAUUGGGAAAGGUGUACUUGGUUGCCAUCGCGGCGUCGCCUGUCAACAAUCCGCGGCUGAGUGAGAAAGAUGGCAAGGUGAGUGCGGCUUCCUCCACUGCAGCGAGCUCACCUGGCUUCCCCAGCACUGGAAUUCGCCUCUGGGAUGAGCCAUCUAUCAGUCCGAGAUGUGAUCACAGCUGCCAGGACUUUUGUGAUGUUGGAUGUUUCUGUUCUGUGGUUCACAUCCAGGGCUGCAGCCAAUUGCCCAGGAAAUAAUCAACUGGUUAAAUGAAAAACCAAGCAAAGGACUUUCCCUGGGCAAGAACGCCUGAACACACCUAGAAUCAACGCUUCUAAAAAACUCCCCUCACAAUUUGAAUGAGGCAACCUUGUUCAUACAGUUCAUAAUGAGUUCCGGUAACUUAUGAAAAUUGCAACUUCUUCCACAAAUGGAGCAAUGAGUGGAAGAGAUCUUCGCAUGUUCAUCACAAAUCACAGAGCAGAUGAUGCAGAGAAACUUGUUAUAAGAAUGAAAUAUGGCCUUGGAAGCCAGAAGUACAAGCCAGUUAACUAUGAACAACUUCAGGCUCUUGCUGAAGCCAAAAAGGUGGCAUGUCUCCACACUGACGUUAAGAUUCAGAAAAUCUUGCAAGCAGGAAAAGUAAACAAAGAGCGUACACUAAUUAAUCAACAUCGGCGGGUAUGGUGGAAGGAGCACCCGAAACUGAUGGAAGUAAGGCAAAAGAUAGAGUCACAGCUUCAGCAAUUACUUGAAGAUGGAAGCACUGAAAAUAUAUUCUAUUUUGAAAUGAAAGAAUAUGGUGCAAUGUUGCGAAAAGACCAAGAAGCUUUUAGAACAGCUACAGUGGAUCCAAUCUUCCAAUUGAAGAAAGACUUGAAACAAAGGCUGAUUGAAAUGCAGCACUGUUACCAGGGUGAUGGUUUUAAUUCCUGCCAGAUACAGCAGCAGGUGGAAUGUGUAAGAAGCCAACAGAAGAUGAUAACAGACUUGCUUGAGCAAGAGAGAAGCAUCUUGGAAGAACAGAUCAAAAAUAUUGAAUUUGAGGAAGAAAUCCCUCCUCAUCUUGAUGAAAUUCCAGAGGAUGUGCAUGUCUUAGAAUGUCCAUAUCUUGACUUGAAAGCCUCUGUUCUGCAGGAGUUCCUGAAUCUGAAUGCAAAAUACAAAUCUCAGCUAGAGGAAAUCAAUCACCAACUUAAAUUUACAGACAGGAACUGUGGUUGGACUGAAGAAGAUCAUUGGACAUUUCAAGUUAUUGUGGAUCUGUACUCUAAUGAGACACAGAAUCGAAAUAUGCUCUACAUGGACAUGCUGUUAAGGUUGCUGCCACACAAAUCCAGGCAAGAACUGAUUGACCACUGGAGAUUAUGGGAUGGAUUUCAAUUUAAGAAAGAGCACUGGAGGGUUCUGAUUCAGAGCUGGACCCGUGACAAGAAAGACUUGCUUAUGAAGACAGUGAUGAUAUUUGCUGAAGCUUGUAUUGCUCAUGAGACUGACUUGUUGCUGGCAAAUGACAGACGGAAGCAGCAAGAAAUCUGUGCUGAAUUAAACCACAAGGUUCAGCAAAUGCGUGCACAUCAAGAGGAAAUGGCUAGACUGGAAGCAGCUAUUGCUGCACAGGAGAGAGAAAGAGAAUUGGAGCAAGAGAGGAAGGAAAGAGAAAAGGAAAUGUGCCGUAGAGCCAUGGAUAAAGAAAAAAUAAAGCAGUACUAUGCUGAAAAGCAAUGUAAGAGGGAAGAAUUAGAACAAAAACAUCAGCAGCAACUUCAAGAAUUGAAAAAUGAAAUGGCAGAGCAAGCUGAAAGGGACAGAGAGCGUGUGAAGCACAGACAGGAAUUGUUACAGAAACGUCAUCAAGAAAAGAAAGCACUAAUUUUGCAGCAAAUGCAAGAGGAGGAAGAAAAGCAAAAACGUCUUGAUGCUUACUGGCAGAAGUUUUCUGUCACUGCUGAGUUUGAUCCUGUCAGGAUGAUGGGUGACACAGAAGCAUCAAAAGCCCGAUCUGGAAUCGGGGCGCAAGAAGAAUUUCUACUCCAAAAGCCUUUAUUUCAUUUGUGCACAUACACAGAUAAACAGGUAGUAGCUGAUCCUCGUGUUCGAAUUGAACAAGCACUACGAGAAGCAGGACUCCACAAUACAUUUUAUGCACGGGAGGUUUUAUCAAAGAUUCCUCCAGCAAGACCGCCAAGGAGAGACAUGGAAUCUACUCUUUUUAAAGACUGAAUUUACUUCAAGAUAUUCAAGCAAAACCUCAUGAGGAGUUGUGAUUUGGUCACCGUCAAAUCGAUUUAAUAAAGUCACACAGACGACAGCGGCUGAGAGAAGAAAAAUGUUAAUAGUUGUCUCACAUGGUAUUAAUUGUUUUGCAUUGUAAAUAAAAUAUUUAUAUCAUUCUAA